AUGCUUUCAUUCAAGGAUAUUAUUAUCGCUUCGGCCGUCCUGGCGGUGGCCCGGGGCCAUGCAGUCAUUCUUAAUGCCCAGGGAGAGGCGGGCUCGCCUGCCAGUAUUGGUUUCAAGGUCGACCCCAACAUUGCCCGCAACUGCACGGCCAUCAACCCCUGCCAGCAGGACGCCACUCUAAUCCGCGACGCCGAGAUCAACGCCAACAUCGUCAACGAGUGCGGGCGCACCGAGAUCUCGGGCAACAUCGACAUUGGCGAGAACACGGAGAACGCGCUAGCGGCCGGCCAGGUCACAAAGGUCAAGGCAGGCGGCCAGCUGACGGUCACCAUCCACCAGGUCAACGCCGACGGCGCCGGCCCCUUCGCCUGCGACCUCGACCAGACGAGCAACGCCCUCGGCGGCAGCGGCCAGGUCCCUCUCGAGGUCACCAAUAAUGUGCCUGGCGCCAACGGCUUCUCUCAGGUCAAGGCCCAGCAGUUCAACGUCACCGUUAAGCUGCCCGCCGACAUGAAGUGCACUGGAGCGUCCACCGGAAACAUCUGCACCGUCCGCUGCCGCAACAACGCCGUCGCCGGCCCCUUUGGCGGCUGCUUCCCCAUCGAGCAGACCGACGUGACGCCCACAGUGAACACGCCCCAGAACAUCCAGUCGCUCAAGACCCUGGACCUGGUCCUCGCGCAGCAGCAGGGCAACGUCGCCGACCUCCCGGCCGCCGUCAGAGCCAACCAGAUCGACGGCACCGAGCAGCAGAGGGCCGCCGCCGAGGCCGCCAGCAAGCUGCUCGGCACCCCGGACGUCGUCAUCAAGGAGUCCCCCGUCACGAACACGGGCCCCAGCGCCAACACCAACGCCAGCCCCAACGCCGCCAACGGGAGCGCCGAUGCUGGCGCUGCCGCCGGAGGUGCCGCCGGAGGUGCCCCUGCCGCUGAGGCUGGGAACACCAACAACAACAAGGUUGACGCUGAGAACGGCAACGAUAACACGGGCAACGGACGCGGCCGCGGAAAUUCUGGUAACAGGGGCAACAGCCGCAACCGCGGAGGCAACAACAACCAGAAGCGCGGGGAGGCCGGCCAGGCGCUCCGAUGGGCCAGGCGUUACGUCGUACCCGGCGCCGAGUUCCAGCCCGAGGUCGCCCCGUAA